CGUCGUUACGUCGUUACGUCCUCUAUUUUAUUUAGGGUAAAUAUCUGAGCAGAAGAAUGGGAAGAAGACUGAUAUGUACUCAUGAUAUGAGUUUAUAACAAUAACGAUCAUUUACCAAAUGUGUUCGCAAAGCUGCCACAGACAGACAGAUCAUCAGUCUUGAAACAUAGACGUUGUGAAGAUGAGCAGGAAGACACCUAAUCGUCCAGGGAUCACUUUUGAAGUCGGUGCUAGAAUUGAAGCUCAAGACUAUUUACAAAAAUGGUACUCGUCACGCAUUGAGGACAUCGAUUUCGAUGAGGGGAAGAUGCUUGUCCACUUUGAUCGUUGGAGCCAUCGAUAUGAUGAGUGGAUCGCCUGGGACAGCACUCGGCUGCGGCCUCUUGAAAGGCCAACACUCCGUAAAGAGGGACUGAAGGAAGAGGAGGGGGAGGAGAGACUCAGCGAGAUGUCAGCAUCUCGCCUUGAUGAGCUUCCUGGAUGUACAGAGAGCACAGAGGACCAAACAGAGUUACCGCAGCCGAGACAAGAAUUGAGAGAUGGUGAAGAGGUGCUUGCUCGAUGGACAGAUUGUCGCUACUAUCCUGCAAAGAUUGAAUCUGUAAACAAAGAGGGUAUCUACACGGUGCAGUUUUAUGAUGGAGUUAUUCGCUGUGUGAAAAAAAUUCAUAUCAAAUCUAUGCCCCAUGAUGCAAAAGGACAGAAGGACUGGAUAGCCCUGGUGAAAGCUGCCUCGGCUGCAGCCAAGAGCAAAGGAAGCAGUACGCCUCGUACCAGUGCCAACAGCAACAAGGACAGGGACGACCCUCACGGAGGGAAGUCUGACGAUGAGGACGGUCAAGAAGAGCUGGAUGAAGAGUUGCAGGAUCAGUCCGACUCUGACAAACUGGAAUCCCAUGAAGAUGAUGCUGACUGUAAGAAGGAGCGGACAGAAGUCCCAGUGACGUCCCAACAACAGAAGGUACCAAGAACAGCAGACCAUGAUUCCUUACAGGGGCAGACCCAGAGACAGACGGGGUCCUCUGUGACGGGCUCUCCAGCCAAGUGUCGGAACAGGCGUCUGAAGCACCACUCUGGGGAGUCCAACAGCAGCCAGAAGCAGAGAGCGUCCAGGCCGCCGUGCUCCAUCACUACUCUGUCUGCUGGGGAGGACACCAUGUCAGCCCCAGAGUCCAUGCUGAGUCCCUCCCCCAGACACAGCUGCCCAGACACGGCUACCUCAGGGCAUGGUGAGACGGUUCCUCCAGGCUCCCCAGGACCAGAACAGAGCCAGAGGAGGAGACGCUCCCAGCGCCUGGCAACCGUCAGCCCUGAUAUAAACUCUGACCCCAGCGUGACCUCUCAACCCGCCACCACCCAGUGCCCUGACCUCUCACCCCAUGGGAGGGAGCACAACACAUGUCACAAAGACCCCUCCUCUCCAGAGGAUCAAAUUACAAACUCUGUGGAGAAGGCAGAGUCAUCGACCCUCCACAACUACUGUGUCGGCACACCACCUACACCUUCAUCUGCUGCCUCCAUCCUCACACCAUCUCAUCCACCAAUCACACACAGAGACCAGCUGACUGACGGGCCAUCAGCCAAUCAUACGGCAGUGGCAGACAAAUUCCCACCCUUAGCUGCAGCUGCUGGGAGGAGAAGUAUUACCAGGACCUCUAAACUAAACAAACACACCAGGGAGCCAAUCAUGAACACCAAGUGGUGUGAUGACCCAACGUCUCCCAACGACCUGGACCUCUACAAGUGUAAGAUCCCUGGGUGCUCCAAGGCCUUCCGCAAAGCCAAGCUGCUGGACUACCACCUCAAGUAUUACCACAACGCUGACAAAGACCUCCAGGUCUCUGAGCUGCCAGGCUCCCCAGACAGGGCUGGUCGUACCCGGGCCACCUCAGCCUCCAUGCCCACCACCACCACCCUGCUGGAGGUCCCUGACAACACGAAGAGACGCAGGACUGUCUCCACCUCAUCGUCACUGUACCCUCCGGGCUAUAUGUUCCAACUGGACUGUACUGGACUGGGGAGCUGUCUGAAACCUCCCAGGUUGAACAGGAAGAAGCGCUCCUCUGCUUCCAUGAGUUCUGACAGCACAGAGCUGUCUCUCCCUCCGCCGCCUCAGGAGAAGAGCUUCGAGUCCCUCCACGACAAGAUUCUGAAGAAGGUGAUCGAUAAGGACAAGCACCUGGAGCCAGGGUUAAUAAAGAAUGAGAAGAAGGUAAAACUGGAGGAGAAAUCCCAGGUGAUCGGUGAGAUUGUGAAAAAGAAGGACAAAGAGCGGAGGGACAGGAAAGAGAAGGAACACUUCAAAAUGAAACAGAAGAAGAAGAAAAAAAAGAGGAAAUCUAAGCAGCACUGUUAUUCUGACUACGAUGACAUGUCCCUGUCCUUCCUGGAGCGAUCUACGGCGUCUGCUCUUCACCGCUCCUCCUCUUCCUCCUGCUCCACCACCAAACAUUACCAGUACCGCGCCAUCCUCUCUGUGGACCUGACCGGAGAGAACCUGUCAGACAUAGAGUUCCUGGAGGACUCGACCACAGAGAGCCUGCUGUUUAGUGGAGAUGAGUACAACCAGGACUUUGACUCUCUAAACAUGGAGGACUUCCAGGAGGAGGAUGAGGAUGGUACCCAGGAGAUCGUCCGCUGUAUCUGUGAGAUGGACGAGGAGAAUGGAUUCAUGAUUCAGUGUGAGGAGUGUAUGUGCUGGCAGCACAGUGUGUGUAUGGGACUUCUGGAGGAUAGCAUCCCGGACCAGUACAUAUGUUACAUCUGCAGAGACCCUCCAGGUCAAAGGUGGAGUGCCAAAUAUCUCCAUGACAAAGACUGGUUGAACAAGGGUCAGAUGUACGGCUUGUCCUUCCUCUCUGAGAACUACAAGCAGAACUGUAAGACCAGCGUGUCGACCCAUCAGCUGUUAGCAGACGUGUUCAGUGUCAACAACGUCCUUCACGGACUACAGCUGAAGAUGGACAUACUACAGAACAAACACAAUCCCAAUUUGCACUUCUGGGCUCGGUCAUGGGUGAACUCUGACGAGGACCAGCCCAUGGGCGGUCUCCCUGACUGCAUCCACUUGACAGACAACUCUCUGAACAACCAGAACUCCUCCAAGACAGACACUUACAUCACCAGCGAACACAGCUACCAGAAACCCCCCAGCCCCGGACAGCUGGAACACUGGCCCCCUGCAGACCCCCACGGCUCUAACAGCCAGGAGGGAGGAGGGGUGGGGGCGGACCUGGUGGUGGCUAAUACUAACCCCGCCUCCCACUCCACCCACUUCACAGCCAAGGAACAGGAAGUAAGAAAGAAGACAACUGCCCUGGCUGUGCCUGGCUCCUGGCUAUGCCUGGCUAUCUGAAUGAGAGGGGACCAGACUCAGUGCUGGCUGUGUCUGGCUGUCUGAAUGAGAGGGGACCAGACUCAGUGGAACAUGCCAGGAACUGUCUCCAGUGGCAGAUGAACCUCCUCACUCACAUAGAAGAUGUUCAGAACCAGGUGGCAGGCAGGAUGGACCUCAUAUAGAAGGAGCUUGAUGGUAAAUGUGAGCUU